AAAUGGGUUCUUAUUCUUUUAACUGUGGGUUUUAUGAUGUUGAAAUUUCACUUGUGGCCUGGAUCUCCUGGAGAAUGCAAGAUGGAGGACAUUUGAAGCUUGAAAAGCCAAAUGAGUUUGAAUUAUGAGUGGGAAAAAAGAGGGAUGGAGGAAGCUAGUUUGUGCCUCGGAGUUUCUUCAGCCGUGCCGGAAGCCGAGGCCCACGUUAACAGCACGAUACUUAAUGGCCAGUAUUCAAUGAGCCAGAAACUUCACCAGAUCACCUCCCAGCUCAGCCAUGCCUUCCCCGAGCUCCAAACUCGGCCGAACCCCGAGGAGAAGGCGGCGGCUCCCCUAGAAGAGAAGGGUCACGCGGCCCUCGGCGGUCAGGCCAUCAGCAGUCAGAUGGCUCUCUUGGCCAAUCAGCUCAACAGGGAGGUUGACACCAGUCUGAAUGGGCGGGUAGACCUGCAGCAGUUCUUGAACGGGCAGAACCUUGGCAUCAUGUCCCAGAUGAGUGACAUCGAGGAUGACGCCCGGAAGAACCGCAAGUACCCCUGCCCGCUCUGCGGGAAACGGUUCCGCUUUAAUAGCAUCCUCUCGCUGCACAUGCGUACCCACACCGGCGAGAAACCCUUCAAGUGCCCCUACUGUGACCACCGAGCGGCCCAGAAGGGAAACCUGAAGAUCCACCUCCGCACCCACAAGCUGGGGAACCUAGGGAAAGGCCGCGGGCGAGUCCGGGAGGAGAACAGGCUCCUCCACGAGUUGGAGGAGAGGGCCAUUUUGAGGGACAAACAGAUGAAGAGCAGCCUCCUGCAGCCCCGACCGGACGUCAAACCCCUUUCCCAUGCUCAUUCCCAGCCGCCCCCGCUCACUAACUGCAGCUUACCCGUGCCGGCAAACCACGGCGUCCCCGAUCUCGCCCAUCCGGUCCCUUCCCCCAAGCCGGCCACCCUCCAGGAAGACCCGGUGACCCCGGCGGCGGGAUUCCGCUGCACCUUCUGCAAGGGGAAGUUCAAGAAGCGUGAGGAAUUGGACCGGCACAUCCGGAUCCUCCACAAGCCGUACAAGUGCACGCUGUGCGACUUCGCGGCCUCUCAGGAGGAGGAGCUGAUCAGCCACGUGGAGAAGGCCCACAUCACUGCCGAGUCGGCCCAGGGCCAGGGCUCCAACGGCAACGGGGAGCAGUCCACCAACGAGUUCCGGUGCGAGGUGUGCGGCCAGGUCUUCAGCCAGGCCUGGUUCCUGAAGGGCCACAUGAGGAAACACAAAGAUUCGUUCGAGCACUGCUGCCAGAUCUGCGGGCGGCGCUUCAAGGAGCCCUGGUUCCUGAAAAACCACAUGAAGGUUCACCUGAACAAACUCUCCGUCAAGAACAAGUCGCCCAACGACCCCGAGGUGCCCGUGCCCAUGGGUGGCAUGUCCCAGGAGGCCCACGCCAACCUCUACUCCAGGUACCUCUCGUGUCUGCAGAGCGGCUUCCUGCCCCCGGACAAAUCGGGCCUGAGCGAGCAGAGCCAGCUCUACGGCAAAGGGGACUUGGCCCUGAAAGACAAGGAGGUCCUGGGGAAGCUGCUGUCACCCAUUUCCGGCCUCGGCCACGGCCUCGCCGACGGGGAUAAGCACUCUCUGCUGGGCUGCCUCAACCUGGUGCCUCCUCUGAAAUCCAGCUGCAUAGAGAGGUUACAGGCUGCAGCCAAAGCAGCGGAGAUGGACCCGGUCAACAGCUAUCAGGCCUGGCAGCUUAUGGCCAGAGGGAUGACGAUGGAGCACGGCUUUCUGUCGAAAGAGCAGCAGAUACAGCGUAGCCACGAAGACACUUUGGCAAAUGCCGGAGUUCUGUUUGAUAAGGAGAAGCGGGAGUAUGUGUUAGUAGGAGCAGAUGGCUCUAAGCAGAAAAUGCCUGCUGAUUUGGUUCACAGCACUAAAAUGGGCAAUCAGAGAGACUUGCCAAACAAACCAGACCCUUUAGAAGGCAGUAGAGACUUUCUGUCGCACGGCCUGCACCAGGGACUCGAUUACAACCUGCAAAGUCAUGGUAGCCUGAAAGAGAAACCCACCGAGUGCCCGGACUGCGGACGGGUGUUUCGAACCUACCAUCAGGUGGUCGUGCACUCCCGAGUCCAUAAGAGAGACCGCAAGGCGGAGGAAGACGCACUUCAAGGGAGCCUCGAAGAGCGGCGCGGCUCCGGAAGCGAUCAGGAGUCUCAGUCGGUGAGCAGAUCGACGACGCCAGGGUCUUCAAACGUCACUGAGGAGAGCGGAGUCGGCGGGGGCCUCUCGCAGACCGGCAGCGCCCAGGAAGACAGCCCGCACCCUUCGUCUCCUUCGUCGUCAGACAUUGGGGAAGAAGCUGGAAGAUCCAUGGCAGUCCAGCAGCCAGCUCUGCUGCGAGAUAGGAGUCUAGGCUCUGCCAUGAAGGACUGCCCUUACUGUGGGAAAACCUUCCGAACAUCUCACCACUUAAAGGUGCAUUUGAGGAUACAUACAGGUGAGAAACCGUACAAAUGCCCCCAUUGUGAUUAUGCUGGUACUCAAUCUGCAUCCCUAAAGUACCACUUGGAGCGGCACCAUAGGGAACGGCAGAAUGGCGCAGGCCCCCAUUCCGGGCAGCCCCCCAACCAAGACCACAAAGAGGAGGCACCCAGCAAGGCUUCUCUGUUCAUCAGGCCGGACAUUCUGAGGGGAGCCUUCAAGGGCCUUCCGGGAAUCGAUUUCCGAGGGGCCCCCGUCUCUCAGCAGUGGGCGGCCGGCAUGCUGCCCUCCGGAGAUCACGCUGGACAGGCCCCGGGCAUGUCUUCGGAGACGUCUUCGGACAACAUAAAAGGUUCUGACCUGCCUUCAAAAGGGACACACUUCUCUGAACUUGGAAGAGCAUAUCAGAGUAUGGUCGGCAAUGGGGUGAACUUCCAAGGGUCUCUGCAAGCCUUCAUGGACAGUUUCGUUCUGAGCUCUUUGAAGAAAGAGAAGGAAAUGAAGGACAAGGGCCUGUCUGAUCCUCUUUCCAUGAAAGGCCACGGAUCAGAUGGCGGCGAAGAGAAAAGCAGUACUAGGUCCUCCCAGAGGAAAACAGAGAAGUCGCAGUACGAACCCCUGGAUUUGUCCGUGAGGCCCGACGCCGCUUCGCUUCCAGGCUCCUCGGUGACGGUCCAAGACAAUAUCGCGUGGCACGGUUGCUUAUUUUGUUCCUUCACAACUUCCUCUAUGGAACUAAUGGCUCUCCACCUCCAGGCCAAUCACCUGGGCAAAGCUAAACGCAAGGAUCACAUCUUGGGAGCUACAGGAAACGGCAAAGACCUUUCCAGAGAGGCACUUAAAGUUGGCCUGCUCUCUUCAUCCAUACAAUCCAACAAGGAGGUGGGAGUCUCUAAUAUGAUUAGUCAACUGGACUCCACUUCUGAGAAGAUGACCCAAGGACAGAGCAAGGAUCCUCUGGCGGAACAAAAGAGCACCCCUUGGCCUGGUCACCUGGACUCCGCUUUUUGUAAUUUUAAUUCCGACUUCUACAAGCAAUUUGGGGUUUACCCAGGCAUCGUUGGCCCAAGACCCUCCAAUUCCUGUGCCAACAGUGGUCCCGAAGGAAAAGCCCCGUCCGAAGAUGACUCCACCAUCCUCCUCCACGAAUCUGUAAAUAAAACCACUAUCGACGACCUGUCUGACAUUGCCUCGUCUGAAGACAUGGAGUCUUCCAAGGAAGAAAACAAUGAAGAGGAGGAUAUUGAAACAGAGCCUGAAAUGAUGAAUAAACCAUUGUCUGGUCUCAAUAAAGACAGCGGUGAUGGAGGAGAUGGUAUCCUCAACCCAGUCCCCUCCCAUCCUACGCAAGGACUUGCCUUACCUGUGCCGCAGACAUCAGAGAAGCAGUGGCAUAGCCCAAGUCUCCUUUCUUCCCAUGAAACCUCGUCAGGUGCGAUGAAACCGGAACAAAUUCAGGGUCCCCAGGUCCUGGAGAAGCAGAUGAACAUGUUGUCAGUCCUUAGGGCCUACAGCUCUGACGGCUUAGCAGCCUUUAACGGACUCGCAAGUAGCACAGCAAGUAGUGGAUGUAUCAAGAGGCCAGACUUGUGUGGUAAGUGACCCCUGUUGUAAACGCUAUAUCUGGAAUUGCCAUUGUCCUCUCAUGUUCUUCGAUGAUUACCUGAAGCUUGUUAAUUAUCUAAAGCCAAGAGAAGAAUGUAUACACAUAUGUGUGUUUAAUAAAUAAUUACUAUUGGCACAGGUAUGUGUAUACACAAGGCACACAAACCUAUGGCAUAUCACAAAUACUCAUGGAAGGCUAAAAAUACUGGCCCAUAUGUUCUUCUAUUAGUCAUGUACUUUGGAGGCUUAGUGACUCAAUGUGAGGAAAAUUCCCUCGAACGAUGGUAGGUCCAGAGUUACGAAGGCCUGUGGAACAGAAGCUCCAUCAGCAGUAUCCGCCUCCGGCCACCCAGGAACAACUUGACUUUGGACACACAUGCCCGAGCACUUCACAGUUCAGGCACACAUACAGUCACCCCGAGUUGUAUAUGCAACAGAUGUGUGAGUGUGUGUGUGUGCGUGUGUGUGUGUGUUUGUGUGUGUGUGUGCGUGUGCGUGUGGUAUGUGUGUGUGUGUGUCGCCGGAAUAUUCAUGCCCAGCCAUCAGAUGUUCUCUUUGGUGUUGCUGCUUGAGUGUCUAAUUGUCCUGUAUGCUGUAACACUCUAGAAGAAUACCAAAAGUGCAGUCAUUAUCUUUCUUCUUCUUUAAGCAGUAAUAUUGCUAGUUUAAUAUUGUGUCAGGUCCUAAUAUUAACCAGGAGGAGAUGACAGUAAAAUUCAAUGAAGAGCACUCUGACAUCCACAAUUAAAAAAAAAAAAAACGGUGAUUGAAGCGAAAUGUGUAAACUUGUACUGGGUUAUCGUGUGCUUUGGAAUAGAAUAUUGUUGAAGUAAUUAGAAAAUAUAUUAAGGUUUUCCUGGUAAUGAAGGCAUGUAAGUUAUAAUAAUUGUAGCUUUUCUGAAUAAGUGUCAAACUAUAUCUUUAAAUGUGCUGUAUGUGGAGUUUCAAGUUAGGUCACCUAUGAAUGGAAUGUAAAACAAUACUAAAAAAUGCUUCAAUAACUUAUCUUGGUAUUGCUAAUAAAAACGCUGUUAACCAUUA